CGGCCCCGGCGACGGCCCGGAGGUCACCGUGCGAGAGAGCUGUGGCCACGCGGGUCUUCCCCCUGUUACCGAGGAGCAACGGCCCGCCAAGCAGACAAUCUCUGAGGCGGCGGAGAUAAGUAGACGGGAGUUUGCUGCGAAACCAUGGAGAGCGGCGGGGGAAGUGGCAACAAAACCACAGGGGGGUUAGCCGGCUUUUUCGGAGCGGGAGGAGCGGGUUACUCGCAUGCGGAUUUGGCCGGCGUUCCGCUGACUGGUAUGAACCCUCUGUCUCCUUAUUUAAAUGUGGAUCCACGAUAUCUUGUACAGGAUACAGAUGAGUUUAUUUUACCAACUGGAGCUAAUAAAACCCGGGGCCGAUUUGAACUGGCCUUCUUUACCAUUGGAGGAUGUUGUAUGACAGGGGCUACAUUUGGGGCAAUGAAUGGUCUACGGCUAGGAUUGAAGGAAACCCAAAACAUGGCCUGGUCCAAACCAAGAAACGUACAGAUUUUGAAUAUGGUGACUAGGCAAGGGGCACUUUGGGCUAAUACUCUAGGUUCUCUGGCUUUGCUCUAUAGCGCAUUUGGUGUUGUCAUUGAGAAAACACGAGGUGCAGAAGAUGACCUCAACACAGUAGCAGCUGGUACCCUGACAGGCAUGUUGUAUAAAUGUCCAGGUGGCCUCCGAGGGGUAGCACGAGGUGGUCUAGCAGGACUAACACUUACCAGCCUCUAUGCACUCUAUAACAACUGGGAGCACAUGAAAGGCUCUUUUCUCCAACAGUCACUCUGAAGAUUUUUCCAGCUUAUGAAUGGAGGAGGACACUUUUGUCAUCAUCCAGACCUAUUUAUAAAUCAGUCUGGAGUUAUUCUCUCUUCUGCCUACAAUUAGUUUGAAAAAUUGGAGAUUCCAGUUCUCUGUGAAGAUCACGGAUGGUUGACCAGCCUGGUGCUCCUUCCAGCCACUAAUGAGUUGAAGCCAAAACCCUUUGGUGGCCGAGUAACAUGGUUCUCUUUCCUUUGAAGAUCUUGAACCUGUUCACGCCUAUCCCCUGAACUGGAAAACCACUUAUUCCCAGAAUUCACGUCAUGAUUGUUGUCAAUACUGUAUCACAUUUGUUCAUUUAAUGAUCCAAAACUAUAAUAUGCCCUGUAUUCCCAAUAAAGGGUGAAAAUAGAGCCAAAGUCAGUACUCCAAUGUAAACAUAAUGGUUUUCUUCAUUUAAAGGUAUCUUUCUGGAUAUAAAGUGAAAGUAACUGUUGGAGUAUUUUUCUGCCCCAGCUAGGCUAAAACAUGUUAUCUCAUGUUUGAGGUAAAAAGCAGCUGGGUUAAAAUUUUUCUCCAAUAGAAUUGACACUAAGCCACCUCAGGAUAUUUUACAUUAACCAUUAUACCAUUAGAGUAGUGUGCUAGAACAGUCUGUCCAACAAUCAUGCUCAAUUCUGUACACAUUAACUCAUUCCUUACCAGGGGUAAUGAGAAAAAGAUGAAAUAGACAAAAGCUGUAAGUUUUUGAGGAAACUUUGGGAAAGCUAAAGGAAAUAAAGGCAAGUUGUUUAUUU